AGAGUAAAUAUGUUCUAAACUAUGUUUAAACUUUAUAGAGUAAAUAUAUUCUAAACAAUGUUUUAACUUUAGAGUGGAGUAAAUAUAUUCUGUUUAACUCUGGAGUAAAAUAUAUUCCGAGUUCGGGAUUUUGUUUUUAAUUUGCAAUAAAUAUAUUCUGGAUUCUGGACUGUGUUUUAAGGAAACUUGAAGCAGGUAUAGACAAGAUGCAGCGUUUAUCGUUAAAUAUAAUAUAAUAUACGUUAAAAGAUGAUUCUAUUCUGGUUAACAGCGGCUACCUUUCUUGGUAGAAUAGAUUCACAGCUGACUGAUAUAGUGUUAACCCCUGGAACAGUAAAUCUAAUAGAACGUCAAGCUAGUAACUACAACAUAGCAUCUGUAGCGGUGAACCCGCCUGGCACGGUGGUCAACUGUUACAUCAAGGGAGUUGGAACGGAUGUGACGCCAUCUUCUCCUAUCUUCACUGAUCAUCCGUUUACCAAGGCUUUUACAACUUCCGGUUUAGACGUCAGUUGGUAUUUCUUCUUCGAUGCCUCAAGUUCAAACAAGUUAAACUUUGACGUAUAUCAGAGAUAUGACGUCACUAUAGAGUGUGCUGAUGUCAAUAAUAAUUUACGUAGUGCAAUAGUAGUAGUGAAUGUUAUAGACAAUGAUGCCCCAGUUAUUACGGAUGCUCCUAUGAUCAAUAUACCAGUGACAGCAGACGGAGUAAUGAAGGGUGAUUUGUUAUAUACAGUAACAGCCAGUGAUCCCGAUGUUGAUCCUAUAACAUAUUCAUAUGGUGUAACCCCACCUCUAGAUAUAUUCACUAUAAACCCAGCUACGAACGAGAUACGGGCAAAGGUUGAUUUUGUAGCAGUAGGGGAAUCCCCUGUCAACUUGAGUCUGGUUGUUAGUGAUGGUGAUAAAUCAACACAGUUAGAUAUUAUUUUAGAAAUUUCCGAUUUGAAUGUUCGUCCAGAGAUCACCAACCUACCAGCGGAAAGUCGAAUACCCGAGAACACAGCACCAGGAACAGAAUUACUGACUCUACUGUACCUGGAUCCGGAUCAAACAGCCCCGUUUAUACCAACCUGUAAUGUUACACCUAAUACACAGUUACCGGUGUUUGAUAUCAUAGGAAGUAGAAUACUGGUAUCAACCGGAAGUGACGGUAAAAAUCGUUUGGAUUAUGAAGGUAUAAAGAAGUAUGAGAUAGAUUGUUUUAUUACAGAUCAAUAUCUCGAGUCGUUAGGUCCGGACAUCUUAACUGUUAAUAUCGAUGACGUUAAUGAAAAACCAGAGUUUGCUCAACAAAUGUACACCUGUAUUCUACAGGAGUCACCGGCAUUGGAUUCAACAUGUGACUUGAAUCUAAACGUAAAAGAUCCGGAAGGCGGCGCUGUAACCAUAUCCAUUAAAUCGAGCCCUGACAGUCAGCGUUUCCGGUUUACGUCCCCGACAGCCGAUAGACUGACGUUUUCUGUUAACUAUGAUAUUGAUGGUAACGCUAUGCCGAGUAGUCUGACGAUUGAUAUCGAGGCAAGAGAUAGCGCAGGACAAGUUGGUACGGCUCAGAUACAAGUCACAGUUACAGACAGGAACGAUAACUCUCCCGUCAUCACAGCGACACAAAUAAUAGACCUUACACCAGCAUCACCUAUAGGCGCUGUUGGUACUGUACAAGCUACUGAUGCUGAUAGUGGUCUGAAUGGUGAAAUAGAGUAUAUUUUAACGGCUAUGAACCCAGCCACAACCUCAGAUUAUAUUGUACUGCUUGAAUCGGGAGAGAUACAGUAUAUUAAGAAAUUCCCAGACUCAUUGUUAGACAGUGCUGCCCUCUUGACAAUACAGGCCAGAGAUAAAGGGACACCACCCAGAUCUACUUCCGAUAUCGUCACAGUUCGUUUCCUAGGCGACACGACUCAACCUACUAAUCAGAAUGAUCAGCAGGCAGGAACUGUAGCUUCAGAGACAAGAUUUUUCGACGAACCAGCCAACAUUGCCAUAGUUACCGUGAUAGGCAUUGUUCUGUUCCUGGCAGUAUUGGUGGCCUUCUAUUUUUGUAUAAAGAAAAUGUUGCUUGGUUACUGCUGUGGUCCCAGAAAACCGUCCAAUGUUUAUCCCACGUCUCAAGAUUAUGGCCAUUAUGACGUCAAGAAAAAGGGAUAUUCUAAAGGUAGAGGUGAUUAUCCAGACUAUCAUAGAAGUGACAGUUUGUACAGUCGCGAUAUACGUUCUCCUUCGGUAAUAGAUUACUAUGAUAACAGAUCAAUGCAAGGCAAUGUUUAACUGGACAAAACAAAAAUAAUAUGGAACAUUUGGAAUAAUUUAAAUUCUCUUCACUCACAGUCGCUUUCAAUUUUCUGAUUAAGUUCAGAAACAGCUAGAUCUAUUUGUUAAGGCCGACUCAAUUUUUGUCAAGGUUGCUGAGAUGUAAAUAGGGUUAGGGCACUUGAUUGUUGGCGAGAGAUUGUAGGCGAGGGUCCGGGUAAGCGUUACGGCUAGGUCCACGGUUAGGGUUAGGGUUGGGAUAAGCGCUAGCCCUGUUUACAUCUCGUGACCUUUGACCAAACUUGAAGCUGGCCUUAUCAAAUAGAUCUCACCGUUCAGAAACUGUUGCCAUGAUUGGCCACAUUAACUCACCAUAUUCCCAAUUCUCACUGGAAUUUUCUGGCCAUCUUUAUUUUCGACCCAUUGGGCAUGAGGCAUAUUUUAAGGGAGGUGGGCCUAACAUUAUUUUGAACAGAGUAGGUAUGGUUUUAGAAGCCUUUUAAAUGUUUGUCCAAGCUCACCGUAUUGUUUUUAAAAUCUAUUUUAACUCAGGAAUAUUUAUAGUUAGUAUCAAUAAAGCAUUUUGUCUUCA